AAUGUCUUGAGUCCACACUAUAAUUACUUGGUUAUAUCUCUCAUUAACAUGCAUCAUCGCAAGUCUCUCUUUUAAUUUGAGCGAUUAUUAACUAGUUCACCAUAAACAAUAUUACUAAUUGGUGUUUCUUUAUUUCAAUGUUUCACAUGAAGAAGCUUGGGGUUGUUGUCAUGCUCUUUGCAUUAAUGGUCAUUUCAUUACCGUAUGCUGCAGGUAACCGGGAGGUAGAUGCUCUGUUGAGGUGGGAAACCAGCCUUGACAACCAAAGCCAUGCUUUGCUCUCUUCAUGGACAAGUAACAGUACUAGUCCAUGCAAUUGGCUGGGAAUUGAAUGUGAUUCCAAAUCCAUCUCCAUGAUGAAUCUUACAAAUGUUGGACUCAAAGGAAAUAUUCCCGAGCAACUGGCAUCAUUGCAGGAACUUAAUACUUUGGAGGUUGCAACAAAUAAUUUGAUUUCCUUCAUACCAGCACAACUUGGAAGGUUGCCUAAGCUAUUGCAUUUGAGUUUGAGUCAAAAUAAGUUGGAGGGAAGUAUUCCUGUUGAGUUUGCACAGUUGAAAAUGUUAGAAAUAUUGAAUCUAUCACAUAAUAAUCUUUCUAAAGUCAUUCCCUCAAAUUUUAAUGAGAUGCUAAGCUUGACAACUAUUGAUAUAUCGUACAACCAAUUAGAAGGCUCAGUUCCAAACACUAUAGCCUUCCAAAAAGCUCCUCCCGAUGCCUUCAGAAAUAACAAAGGCUUGUGUGGCAAUGCCUCUGGCUUGGAGUCUUGCUCAAUUUUAAGUGGCAAAUUUCAUGAUCAUAAGAAUAACAAAAUCUUGUUGGCAGUCUUACCCCUUACUUUGGGCACUCUAAUACUAGUACUUUGUGUUUGUGGGGUCACAUAUUUUCUCCGCCACACUUCAAGCGCCAAAAAAGACGAGCCUGCCGAAUCACAACCACAAAAUCUAUUUGCAAUAUGGAGUUUUGAUGGGAAAAUGGUGUAUGAGAACAUUAUUGAAGCCACAGAAGAUUUUCACAGCAAACAUCUCAUUGGGAAUGGAGUACAUGGAUCUGUUUACAGAGCAGAAUUAUCCUCUGGUCUAGUUGUGGCUGUGAAGAAACUUCAUUCUUUACCAGAUGAAGACAUGUCUAAUCUAAAAGCUUUUGCAAGUGAGAUCCAAGCUUUGACAAAAAUCCGACAUCGUAACAUUGUGAAGUUAUAUGGGUUUUGUUCACAUUCACUACACUCAUUUAUAGUUUAUGAGUUCUUAGAGAAGAAUAGUGUUGAGAAGAUUCUGAAAGAUGAUGAACAUGCAACUGCAUUUGAUUGGAAUAGGAGGACGAGUGUCAUUAAGGCUGUAGCUAAUGCUUUAUGCUAUAUGCAUCAUGAUUGCUCACCUCCAAUUGUUCAUCGCGACAUAUCCAGCAAGAAUGUUCUAUUGGAUUUAGAUUAUGUGGCCCAUGUCUCAGACUUUGGAACAGCUAAACUUCUUAAUCCUAAUUCAUCAAAUUGUACCUCAUUUGCAGGCACCUUUGGAUAUGUUGCUCCAGAACUGGCUUAUACAAUGGAAGUGAAUGAAAAAUGCGAUGUGUAUAGUUUUGGAGUAUUUGCAUUGGAAGUACUUUUUGGAAAGCACCCCGGAGAUUUUGUAUCUUCAUUGAGUGGUGCAAGCUCAACACUUGAUGUUAUGCGUUUGAUAGAUAAGUUGGACUUCCGUCUCCCUCAUCCUAUAAAUCCUGUUGUCAAGAAGGUGAUAACAAUAAUAAGAAUAGCUGUUGCUAGCUUAACGGAAUGCCCACGCUCACGCCCGACCAUGGUGCAGGUUUGCAAGGAGCUUGUAAUGUCAAACGCAUCUUCAAUGGAUUAGUUCCAUGGACAAUUUAAACCACAAGAUUGGGCAUCCUCUCCAGACAGCUCAAGUGGUAAAAUGAGUUGUGGGUGGGUGGGUGAAUUUGGGUAGAAUGCAUGUCCGUAAAGUCUUUCAUGUAAAGUCUUCCAUGGCUAGCUGGAUGAUAAAUAUUAUGUUGUCUAGUUUAAGGAGUGUUUAAUAUUUAUAUCAAAUUAAUUAUCUAGCUCUUGAUCUCAAUCUACUUAUUACUGAAAGCUAGUAUA